AUGGAUGGUCUGAUGGGAGAACCUGAAAAUGGAUCCUUGCUGCUAGAUCCCCCAGCAAGUUCCUCACCUUUGGAUCCGUUCUUGCAACCCCUGGACUUCAUUGAACCCUGGAACUUCCACCUUCUCUCUGCUCUGAUGUUCUUGGUGACUUCCCUGUCCCUCUUCGAGAAUUUUACCGUCAUCCUGGUGACUCUGAAAUUCAAGCAGUUGAGGCAACCUCUAAACUAUGUCAUCGUGAACCUCUCCGUGGCCGAUUUCCUGGUCUCCUUGAUUGGGGGCACAAUCAGCUUUUUGACUAAUCUGAAGGGUUAUUUUUUCAUGGGCCACUGGGCAUGUGUGCUGGAAGGAUUUGCAGUCACGUUCUUUGGUAAGUGAAAAGGUUACUGAUCUUCCCAGCCCUCGAUGUAAGUUACACUUGCAGAUGCAUUUAAAUAACAGUGCAAUCCUAUGCAUGCUUAUUCCAAAGUCAAUCCCAUUGAGUCUUAUUUCCCCAAGGAAGUAUGCAUAGGUCUGCACUGUUACAGCCUGCAGGCAAAAGGGACCGGCUCACAGACACGCUGUACCUUGGGACAAUUGCUGAGUUCUUUUGCGCUUGCUGUUACUGAGCUUUUCAUUCUGAAGAUAACACAGCAAGGUUUGCUAGCAGCUAUCCAUUUAUGAGAUUUAGCAAAAGCGCCUUUGUGACUGCUAAUAGGGAUUUAUCUCUUUGCACAUAUACUGGAAGAAAUCCUGUGUGCUACAGAACCCAAACUCCAGGGUGAGGGGGGAGGUAUGAGACAUGCUUUCUUGGGGGACCUUUUAUAAUUUGAAGUGAUAAUGUUGAAGCGUGUCUCCCUGAAAAAUAACGGUAUUGUAACUCAGGGCUAUUAACCAAUUAAAGUGCUCUUCGUUGAUUAAGUGUGGUGCUUCAUCUGGUUAAUUGGUCAAUUACUCUGCAUCUCAGGUCACCCAAAGAGGGCUCCUUCUGCUAGCCAAUGAAUCCUCACAAUCUUCAUAUUUUCUGAACACACUUGCACCUAGCUUGUCAAAUAGCAUUCCUAGGUGAAAUCUAGCAGUUAAUUGGUUCUAUCUUUGUGCCAUCCACAUGGCUACUUCAGGGCAAUUAUGCUGGAUUACAAACAUAGCAAGCUGCCAGUUAAGUGAGUCAGACCACUGGUCCAGUACUGCCUAUGUUCCCAUUGGGAUUAAAUUUGGGACUGUCCCAUUUUACAUAGAUAUAUGUAUUUCCAGUUUCUUCUCAUGGUAAUGCCAUGAAGUUGAAGACUAGCAACUUAAGGCCACCGAGGGAACUUCAGAGUUGUGUGGGGGCCUUGAACCCAGGCUUCCCUAGCCCAAAUCUAAUAUACUACCCACUUUACAACAGCACACUGGGUCUUGGUGAUGAUUGUUCCAUAUGGACCUAUGCUUCAAAUUGCCUUUGCAAAGGGUCGUCCGACGAGCUAUUUCCAUCUGCAGGUCAAGAGCAAUAAUGCUUUCCUAGGACAAUCAUCACAUCCUUUUUCAAGCACCCUCAGGGGAAUGGCAAUGGGAGGUCUGUUCCCCCCUGAAUCUUCUAGCAAUAACAACACUGACUGCUGGCAAAGAGUGAAGUCUUCCACAGUGCAGUGGUCCUAACAGAAAGCAAGGAGGUAAACAGCCAAUGUGAAUAUAGCAUCUAUAUUCUGUAAUGCACAUUUUAAGAGCCGGUAGAAGGGGUUAAGAGAAGUUUGGCUUGCGACAGGCUGGGCUAGCCAAUGCCAUAGGCUAUAAUUCCUGCAGGAUGUGUGACUUAUAGGGAGAAGAUACUGGACUGGGGUAAAGUUAUUCUUCAAUCACUUCUUUGUUUUGCUCAGCAGGAACAUCUGCCAUCCUCUACUGUCACUGGAGCAUUUCAGUGGCAUAUUACUGUACCUCCCAAACCACAACCUACCCCCUCUCCUACCAUUCCUAAAAUGAUUCCUUGUAAAUGCUGAGCAGCUUGUACAUGCUGAAAGGAAGUUCUGCUAACUGGGUGCAUGAGCAACAUGUGGUUGGCAGUGCUUCUUGCAACCUAAAGUUAAUCAAUGCACAACACACAGAGUUUCUGUAUCUAACAGUUAUUGGCUGAUUGCAUUUAUAUCCCACUUCUCCCCCAAGGAGUGUGAGGUGGCGUCCAUGGAUCGCCUCUCCUCCUCAUUUAAUCCCCACAAUGGCCCUGUGAGGUAGGUUCAUCUGGGAGGCAGGGACUGGCCUGAGGUCACACAGUGAGCUUCGUGGCCAAGUGGGGAGCUGAACCCUGGUCUCCCAGGUCCUAGCCCGACCCUCUAACCACAUCACUGCAAUGACUCAUUUUGUACAUGUGCCCAGUGUAGGUUUCCCAAUGGAUGUUACAGACCAGUGCAAGCAGCCCAGCCCAUUUCUGCUUUCCCUGUAACAUCCAACAACCUCUCCCCUCACAUAUAUCAUCAUCAUGCAACUGAACUUAAGUUCCUUCAUGUCUCCUUUAUUUCAGCAGCAUCAUAAAACACAGACAACUCCCCCCUUUAGAAUUAAUGGCAUUUUAAAUGGGCUGAACUGUGCCAAAUUGCUUCUAAUCCUGGAAAGUUCCAUGAAUGCAGAAUUCUAAGCAUCCCAUUUCUCUGAGCGCUCUGCCUCCAAUUCAGAUCAGAUGCAUUGCCUUUGUUUUUAUAGCCCCAGAAGAAGUCAUUCUAAACAAUAUUUGGCUGCUCCCUGGACUGAAGAAAGCAGGCAGGUGGGGAGUAGCUGAUGGCAGACUGAGGUGGUGGGAGCAGUGCCUCAUUUGUCCUAAGGGACCAACCUGCAGAUGGUCCCUUGUCUCUCUAGAGAGAGAAAACCCCUAGAGAACUGCUUCCUGGUCUGACUUGGUACAAGGCAGCUUCACAUGUCCAUUUGAUUGGGGAUUUGAGCUCAGAUCUCCCUGGUCAAAGUCCAGCACUCCACCCAGUGGGAAAUCUGUAGCUUUCUAAAUGUUGUUGGACUCCCAACUCUCACCAGUAUGGCCAGUGGUCAAGGAUGCUGGGGGUUGGAGAGCCACAGGUUCCCCAUCCUUGCAAUAUGUUACACCAACUUCUUCUUCCCCCUAAUUUAGCUCAUUCUCGUUGCAGGAAUAGUCGCCCUCUGGUCCCUUGCUCUGCUUGCGUUUGAGCGCUACAUUGUGAUUUGCCGUCCCAUGGGAAACAUGCGCCUCAGGGGGAAGCAUGCAGCUCUGGGAGUAGCCUUUGUGUGGGUUUUCUCCUUCAUCUGGACCAUCCCUCCUACAAUGGGCUGGAGCAGCUACACUACCAGCAAGAUUGGAACUACGUGUGAACCCAACUGGUAAGGCAACUCAGGGAUGCGGCAUUUGUUUGAUCAGCCCUAAUCCGGCAGAACCUAAAAACCUCGUGUGGUUUUUAUAGGUAUUCUGGAGACUAUAACAACCGUACUUUCAUCAUUACAUUCUUCACCACCUGUUUUAUCCUGCCCUUAUUGGUGAUUUUGAUAUCCUAUGGAAAACUGAUGCGGAAACUUAGAAAGGUAGGUGAGAACAUUUGCAAGAGAUACGAAUCCCUCUGAAGGAGUGCUUUGGCACCGGUGGGCUUUUGUGUCAAAGGAUUAGAUUUUGUAUGGAUCAAAUUUCCAAACUUUGGGAUCUUAAUUAGUCAUGUAUAUUGUGCACAUCUUAGGCUGUGAUUUGAUUAGUGCAGAUUCCUAGGCCAGGAGCAGGUUGAAUAUGUCUAGAUGCUCAGCGGAGCAGCAGAAAUCUGAACAACGUCACCUGUGUGGCUGACCCACUUUGUGCUGUUCAGGAGGAUGUUUAUGAGUAGUGCAGAUCUGGUGAUGGCAUUUCCAUCGUGCCAAGAGUGGUGGUACUGCAAGAUCUCAUGUCAUGCCACUCCCUUUUGCAAACAGUGAACUUCGUUUCAGCUUGAUCAUCUUAACAACAGCGUCUACACAGUUGCAAGUGUAGACGUAUUAGGAGAGUCACACAUGUUCAGAGUCCUGAAAACUGCAGGGGAAUUAAAUAUAUGAAUCUCUAUGACCCACAUGUAUGGGGUGAAUAACAAAAGAAUUGGUUAGGUGCCUCUCUAGGUUCAAAACACAGAGUUUACCACACUCUCCAGCAGCAAGGAGAGCACAGGCAGAAUACUCUUGGGCUUCAAACACAUGCUCUAAACUUGGAGUUUGCUUACAUAUGUCCUCCCUGAAAACAAAUAAACUGGGUCUAAAAAAUCCUACUGGUAUCCCUGCUUGCAGAUGUCAUCUAGGUAGAAAGCCCUUACUUUGCUCAUGCUUUUGAUGAGAUCUCCCCCCACUCUCUCUUUUCAAGGUUUCAGAUACUCAAGGCAGACUGGGCUCUACAAGGAAACCUGAAAGACAGGUGACCAAAAUGGUUGUCAUUAUGAUCCUUGCAUUUUUAAUCUGCUGGUCUCCUUACGCAGCCUUUUCAAUCUUGGUCACCACCUAUCCUUCCAUCAAACUGGACCCUCGCCUCUCUGCCAUUCCAGCGUUCUUUUCAAAAACGGCCACGGUGUAUAAUCCAGUUAUCUAUGCCUUUAUGAACAGUCAGGUACUGCACACCUCCUCUUUGGGUAUUUAAACCAAAUUGUUUCUGAGUCCAUGGGGAACAUUUCUGGUUUGUUUUUUCCAUUCCUGUUUUAACAAAUUGUUUCUGUCCACUUACGUGUUAAAUUAUUGCUUCACUCCCAUGAUUUAUGACAUCUUUUAUUCAGCUUGUUAUAUGCGCUAUUGAUUCUGGCUUGCAUUCCAGAAUAUAUUUACUUCAGAGUAACUCUAUUAAAAUCAGUUGCAGGGUUUUAGAAAGCAUGGGAUGAGGACUGUCCACAAUAUUGGCUACCAUUCCCCCUUCUGGGAGAAUCCUCUGAUUUAGGAGAUGAUGGGGCUUGGCCGAUUAUGUUGUUUUAGUGCAUGGGUAAGCAAGCUAAGGCCCGGGGGCUGGAUCUGGCCUAAUUGCCUUCUAAAUCCGGCCCACGGAAGGUCCAGGAAUCAGUGUGCUUUUACAUGAGUAGAAUGUGUCCUUUUAUUUAAAAUGCAUCUCUGGGUCAUUUGUGGGCCUGCCUGGUGUUUUUACAUGAGUAGAAUGUGUACUUUUAUUUAAAAUGCAUCUCUGGGUUAUUUGUGGGGCAUAGGAAUUCGUUCAUUCCCCCCCCCCCAUAUAGUCCAGCCCCCUACAAGGUCUGAGGGACAGUGGACUGUCCCCCUGCUGAAAAAGUUUGCUGAUGCCUGUUUUAGUGGUUCAUUUUAGGCAUGUGUACCCUUCGCUUUGAACAUGCAACAUAGAAACAAAGAACUGUAGAAUUGGAAGGGACCCAAAGGUCCAUCUAGCCCAGCCCUCUGCAAUGGCUUUCCAGGACACCUCACAUAAUUUCAGCACAACAAUAAUUAUUUGUGAUUUCAUUCCUAGUUCCGGAAGUGUCUCAUCCAACUGUUUCGAUGCAGUGGCCAAGAUAUUGCCGACUCCAACGUGAACCCGAUUUCAGAAAUGGCAGUGCUCACACACAGCAAAAAUGGCAGAGAGAUGUCCACAGCGGCACCGCCUCUUACUGUCUUCAGCCGGAGAAGUGAAGAUGAGCAAAGCAGCUGCCAUUCUUUCGCCCAGCUGACUAUCGCAGAAAAUCAAGUUUGUCCAGUGUGA